UCUUUUUCUCCUUCUUCUUCUUCCUCUUCUUCCUCUGUCUGUCAUACAUACUAUUUGCUCUUCUUGUUCACGUUAUUAAUCAUCAAAUCAAUUACAAACCCGGAAGAAUCCAAGCUAAUUCCGUUUCACCCUUUUAGUUUUUAUGAAAAUGGCAGUGGCCAGCGAUGGAAGGAUUGCACUUUCAGCCGCCGGUCAGUUACAUGGAAGAAGAGUUGGAUUGGCAGAGAAGAACUCGAGAAUUGUGAAGUUCUGCAAUGGAGAUUUGAUGGGAAAGAAGUUGAAAUUUAGCUGUUUUAAUCAUGGGAAUCAAAGGAACACCAAUGUCAACCCAUAUGUUAGCAUGUCUGUUUCUGCUAGUGUUGCAGGUGAGGACAAGCUGAGGGACUUAGAAAUGGAGAAAAGGGAUCCUAGAACUGUUGUAGCUAUUAUCCUUGGAGGUGGAGCGGGUACUCGUCUUUUCCCUCUAACAAAACGACGUGCCAAGCCUGCUGUCCCAAUUGGAGGAGCAUAUAGAUUGAUUGAUGUGCCAAUGAGCAACUGCAUAAAUAGUGGGAUCAACAAGGUGUACAUUCUCACUCAAUUCAACUCGGCAUCACUCAACAGACAUCUUGCUCGGGCUUACAAUUUCAGCAGUGGUGUCACCUUCGGAGAUGGCUAUGUCGAGGUUCUAGCAGCCACUCAAACACCUGGUCUAGAAGGCAAAAGAUGGUUCCAAGGAACUGCAGAUGCUGUCAGGCAAUUCCAUUGGCUAUUCGAGGAUCCAAGAAGCAAGGACAUUGAAGAUGUGCUCAUUCUAUGGGAUCACUUAUACAGAAUGGACUACAUGGAUUUUGUUCAAAAUCAUCGCCAAAGUGGUGCAGACAUUACUAUUUCUUGUCUACCAAUGGAUGACAGCCGUGCCUCAGACUUCGGUUUAAUGAAGAUAGACGGAAAAGGAAGGGUCCUAUCGUUUAGUGAAAAACCAAAAGGGGAGGAAUUGAAGGGAAUGGCAGUAGAUACAACCGUUCUCGGGCUUUCCAAAGAUGAAGCUGAAAAGAAACCUUACAUUGCUUCCAUGGGUGUAUAUGUGUUCAAGAAGGAGAUACUUCUGAACCUCUUGAGAUGGCGAUUUCCUACUGCAAACGACUUUGGGUCGGAGAUCAUACCUGCUUCGGCUAAAGAAUUCUACAUUAAGGCUUAUUUGUUUAAUGAUUAUUGGGAAGAUAUUGGAACAAUUAGGUCAUUUUUCGAAGCAAAUCUUGCCUUAACAUCGCAUGUAACCAAGGUUCAGUUCUAUGAUGCGGAUAAACCAAUGUACACUUCGAGAAGGAAUUUACCACCAUCACAAAUCGAUAAUAGCAAGAUUGUAGAUUCAAUCAUUUCACAUGGAAGCUUCUUAACAAACUGUUUUAUAGAGCAUAGUGUUGUUGGGAUUCGGUCACGUAUAAAUUCCAACGCUCACUUAAAGGACACAGUGAUGCUUGGAGCUGAUAACUAUGAAACUGAUGCUGAAAUUUCCUCAAUGCUUGCUGAAGGAAAAGUUCCUAUUGGAAUUGGAGAAAACACCAAAAUCAAGGAGUGCAUAAUUGAUAAGAAUGCUAGAAUUGGAAAGAACGUCACGAUUGCUAACUCUGAAGGGAUUCAAGAAGGUGACAGAUCUUCUGAAGGGUUUUACAUUCGAUCUGGGGUUACCAUCAUUCUCAAGAACUCAACAAUCAGAGACGGUUUUGUCAUAUGAACAAGAACAAACUCGGGAGAGUAACGCCAGCCAACCAACCAUUGAUUACUAUUUUUUUGGCUAGAGACAGAUUUAUGUAAUCUGUAUCCACUUUCAUUUUUGUAAAGCAUAAACUAAUCUAUAAAUUAAGAUUUCCUUCCAAUUCUUAAUGUUUAAAAAUAUAACUCAAAUCU